AUGUAUUCCAGUUACCUCGAUUGCGUCGUAAAUACGAACGUCGCGGUUGAAUACGAGGUACACUAUACCACGUACAGUACACGCCCUGUGCCCUCUACCUCUUUACCUUCUUUACCUCCUCCAGAUUCUCCAGCUCCUUCAGGAAUUUCUGAAACAUCUUCUCCCAGCGUCUCCAGCACCUUCCUCAGGUUCUCCAACGUCUCCACAUUAAACAAGUGUCUCACCCUCGCAAGCCAGCCACAGAAGUACACGAGAGAAGUGUAUAAGUUAUCGAAAGUGUCCUGCAAACCACAACCCUCCCCACAACCAAUCAACCAAUCACAACCAAUCAAAGAGACCCUCAACCAAUCAACCAACCAGGCAAAAACACAACCCUCCCCACAACCAAUCAACCAAUCCCAAAACCAAUCAAAGAGACCCUCAACAAUCAACCAACCAGGCAAACCCACAACCCUCCCCACAACACAAUCAACCAAUCCCACAACCAAUCAAGAGACCCUCAACCAAUCAAAACCACAGCAAACCCACAACCCUCCCCAAAACCAAUCAACCAAUCCACAAACCAAUCAAAGAGACCCUCAACCAAUCAACCAACCAGGCAAACCCACAACCCUCCCACAACCAAUUCAACCAAUCCACAAAACCAGCUGCCCCACAACCAAUCAACCAAUCAAACCACAACCAUCAACAACCACAAAACCCACAACCCUCCCCACAACCAAAUCAAACACGGAAACCCCACAACCCUCCCCACAAACCAUCAACGCAAUCCCACAACCCUACCCGACACACCAAUCAACACAAUCCCACAACCAACUCAAAGAGCCCUCAACCAAUCAACCACAACAACACCACAACCCUCAAACCAAUCAACCAAACGACAACCUCACCACAACCCAAUCAACCAAUCCCACAACCAAUCAACCAAUCCACAACCACAAAGAAAGACCCUCAACCCAAUCAACCAAUCAAAGAGACCCACAACCAAUCAACCAAUCAAAAAUCCCACAACCAAUCAUUCAACCAGCAAACCCCACAACCCUCCCCACAACCAAUCAACCAAUCAAAGAGACCCCACCACCAAUCAACCAACCAGGCAAAACCACAAGCCCUCACCACAAACCAAUCAGGCCAAAACCCACAACCGACAAAAAACCAAUCAAAGAGACCCACAACCAAUCACCACCAAACCAGGCAAAUCCCACAACCCUCCCCACAACCAAUCAACCAAUCAAGAGACCCAACAACCCAAUCAACAACCAGCCAACCAGGCAAACCCACAACCCUCCCCACAACCAAUCAACCAAU